UCGAAAUUGUAACGCCACACCUUUUUUCCCGCAGUACACCCGCCUUGUUAAUCAAAUAUAUAUACAAAUUCAUAUUUAUUAUACAUGUUCAUAGCACCCAGCAGGUUGCCACAAACGGGGGGUGGUGGUAUCAACUCGGAGAAAGAUGAGCCGGCCAAAUCUACCGCCACGUCCCUCGACGGGUCCACGCAAGCCGACUGGCCAAAGGUCAACUCUUCCACCCAAGCCAACUCAGCCAGUUCCCGCUCCACCGCCGCCGCCGCCUGAGCCGGCGAAGCCACCUCCUGGUGAAUCCGCGGGUUUGUUGAGCACGGCCGUAUCGUCAGUUCGUUUCCGGCAGCGCUCCGCAGUGGAUGUGAGGAAGAAACACCUGGGUUGGGUCUACGUGAUCCACACGGUUCUGUCGUCAUUCGCAGUGGUUCAGCUGGUGGCGCUGCGGAUCUGCAAUCAGGACUUUGCGGAGCUGAUCAGUCCCUCGGUGCCCAGCUUCGUGUGGCUGCUCCUGGCCGUUGCAUGUGUGCUCAUCAUGGCCUACGUGUACGUGGCCAGCCAGUGUCCGUGCAAUGGUUUGCUGGCCAUUGUGGUCGUGGAGGUGGUUGCGAUCUUUGUGAACUGCCACCGGUGGGCGCGUCUAUCGCUGCCCUGGAUGGCUGGUGUCCUGAUAAUCGUACUGAUCCUGAACGUCCUGCUCUACAUGAUGGGCAUCUAUCUGCCGCUGAAACUGCUGCCCGGUAGCGUCGUCAUGCUCGUCCUCACAUUGUGUUGCAUAGUGAUUGUCGUUUCGAUCUACUUGAUUGUGUAUCUGAACGGCAAUCGCUAUAUGAUGCGAUACGUGUCGAUGGUCAGUCUGAUCUACGUGGCAGCUCUCAUCCUCUUCACCAUUCCCGUUGUCCACCAGCGAAGAUACGUGGAUGCGGAUCGCUCGGAAUACGUCCUGCAGGCCACCGUUCUGGCCAUGCUCUUUGUCUAUAUGAUUCACCCGCUCUCCACGAUUGUGCGAUUUGGCCAGUUUUUGGUGGAUCAUAUAUAAUGCAAAAUUGUUGCAAGUGUAUUAUCUAUAAUAUAGCGUAAGAACUGAGAUGU